GCUUCGCGGCCGCCGCCACCGCCGCCGCCUCCUCCCCCCUUCCCCUCCCCCCCUCCACACCCCGGGCAGCGCCGUCCGGUGAGAGGAUUUUGAGCCCCGUGUUGUCAUCGCUAAAAAAGUUAGAAGAUGGGGAAGAAAAGCAGAGUGAAAACCCAGAAGUCAGGCACUGGAGCCACGGCAGCAGUCUCUCCAAAAGAAAUGUUGAAUUUAAUUAGUGAAUUAUUACAAAAAUGUAGCAGUCCAACUCCAGGUCCUGGAAAGGAGUGGGAAGAGUAUCAACAGAUCCGAGCUCUUGUUGAGAGAAUCCGCAAAAAACAGAAAGGUUUGUCUGUCGUAUUUGAUGGGAAAAGAGAAGAUUAUUUCACUGAACUAAUUACCUGGGCCAGAGAGAAUGGUGCAUCUACAGAGGGCUUUGAAGUGGCUAACUUUGGUGAAGAGGGUUUUGGUUUGAAAGCUACAAGAGAGAUAAAAGCAGAAGAGCUUUUUCUCUGGGUUCCCAGAAAAUUGUUGAUGACUGUUGAAUCAGCGAAAAAUUCAGUUUUGGGAUCCUUGUAUUCUCAAGACCGAAUUCUCCAAGCCAUGGGCAACAUCACGCUAGCAUUCCACCUUCUUUGUGAACGCUGCAAUCCUAGUUCUUUCUGGCUGCCUUACAUCCAAACUCUCCCAAGUGAAUACAAUACUCCUCUUUACUUUGAAGAAGAUGAGGUUCAAUAUCUUCAGUCAACUCAGGCCAUACAUGAUGUUUUCAGCCAAUAUAAAAAUACUGCUCGACAGUAUGCCUAUUUCUACAAAGUUAUUCAGACCCAUCCUAAUGCCAGCAAACUGCCAUUAAAGGAUUCUUUCACUUAUGAUGAUUACAGAUGGGCUGUUUCCUCUGUCAUGACACGACAAAACCAGAUUCCUGCUGAGGAUGGUUCCCGGGUUACCUUAGCACUGAUUCCUUUAUGGGACAUGUGUAAUCACACCAAUGGGCUGAUCACUACAGGCUACAAUUUGGAAGAUGACCGUUGUGAGUGUGUAGCACUUCAAGAUUUUAAGGCUGACGAACAGAUUUACAUUUUUUAUGGCACUCGGUCAAAUGCUGAAUUUGUGAUCCACAGUGUUUUCUUUGAUAAUAAUUCACAUGACAGAGUGAAAAUAAAGCUUGGAGUGAGUAAAAGUGACAGGCUGUAUGCUAUGAAGGCAGAGGUCUUAGCUCGCGCUGGCAUCCCAACUUCUAGUGUAUUUGCCUUGCACUCAACAGAGCCUCCAAUCUCAGCCCAGCUUCUGGCUUUCCUUAGAGUGUUUUGCAUGACGGAAGAUGAGCUGAAGGAACACUUGAUAGGAGAGCAUGCAAUCGACAGAAUCUUCACUCUUGGCAAUUCUGAAUUUCCAGUGAGCUGGGACAAUGAGGUGAAACUUUGGACAUUCCUUGAAGCCAGGGCAUCUCUUCUGUUAAAAACCUACAAAACCACUAUUUUGGAUGAUAAAUCUUUUUUGGAAACGCAUGACCUGACCUGUCACGCGACAAUGGCUAUUAAACUGCGCUAGGUGAGAAAGAAAAUUUGGAGAAAGGGA